AAAAAUGGCGGCACUGCUACUGCAGGAGUUAGAGGGCGCUGAGUUAGCAAAGCUACCAAAAGCCCUGCAGAACAAACUGGAAAGGAUACUUUCGGAUCAACAGUACGUGAUCGACUCACUCAAAGCACAGCAGGAGCAGUUCCGUGUGGACAGCGAGCAACAAUUCUUUGAAAAAGUGAAACAACUUGCCCAGUCUCAGGAGGAUUUUCUAUCGAGGACUCAGGAGCACGUUACACUCAAAGGGGAGUUUGCCAAACUCGAGGAGGAACUGAGAAGCUUGCGCGAGAAGAACAGGGAAUAUGAGUCUGCACAGGAGAAGUUUUCCUCGGAGCAGACUUUGCUCUCAAAAGCCAAAGAGGAACUGGAAGGAGAAAAGCGUGAACUUGUGCGGACACUUGAUAGGAGAUCUUCAGAGAUAGAGAAUUUAAAUGAUGACGUGAGGAAGCUCAGUGACAAACUGAUGGAGGUCAGUACCUCUAAGAUGGCCCUGCAGGUGAAGUUAAAUGAGCUUGAAGCAGCUGAAGUCAACAUUAAAUACAAAGAGAAGCGCUUGGGACAAGAGAGAGAGCUACUUCAAGGCCAGAUUUCUUGGCUGAAUGGUGAGCUUAAGUCCAAGAGUGAAGAGCUACUUUCCUUGUCCCGACAAAAGGGCAAGGAGGUCAUGGAGCUGAAAUUCACCUUGGAGAAUAAAGAAGAUGAGUUGAAUAAAUUCCAAGAGCAAGUGGCCAGUUUGAAGACUUCAAAUGAGCAUCUUCAGAAACAAAAUGAAGACCUGAUCAGCAAACUGAAAGAAGCUAAGGAGCAAAACACCACAAUGAAAGAGAAGUUCCAAGAUGAACUGAAUGCCAACGUAAAGCUUUUCAACUUAUACAAGAAAGAAGCAGCUGAUUCUGAGGCAAAAAGUGAGGACCUGAGUCGCGCAGUGGCGGAGCUGGAUAAGAUGCUAAAAGAUGCUGGAGAAACCAUCGGAACUCUUGAAGUGAAGUUGCAGGAAAUGAAAAGAACCACAGACAAACAUGCUGCAGAGUUAAAGGAAAGGAUCGAGAGCCUUGAGAAAGAACUGGAAAAUGCCAAUGAACUCUCCAACUUGAAACUUAGAGGUCCCGUUGGCUCUGUAUUGACAGAGGAGCAAAUGACAACAUCCCCGACAGCAGCUGCUAUAGCUAAGAUUAAACCUGGAAUGAAGCUGACAGAGUUGUACACAGCAUAUGUGAACAGCCAAGAGCAGCUGCAGCUGGAGCGACUGGAGAGCAAGCGAAUCAACAAGUAUCUGGAUGACAUUGUGCAGGAAGUUGAAACAAAAGCUCCCAUACUCAAAAGGCAAAGAGACGAGCAUGAGCGUAUGCAGAAGUCUGUGGCCAGUCUUUCUGCUAAGCUGGAGCAAGCGAUUAAGGAGGUGCACCGUCUGCAGAAUGAGGCUGAUGAGGCCAACAAACGAUCCUCUUUUCUGGAGAGGGAGAACCAAAGGUGUGAACUUCAGCUAGGUGACCUGGCUAAGCAGGUCCGUGUGCUGCUGAUAGAGUUGGAGGAGGCACGUGGAAAUCACGUGGUCCAUGAGGACGAAGUCAGUUCUGCUGAUGUUAGCAGCACAUCUGAGGUGAUCAGCCAACACCUGGUAACCUUUCGCAGUGUGGUGGAGCUUCAAGAGCAGAACCAGCGUCUUCUGGUCACUCUCCGGGAGCUCAGUGACACACAAGAGAAAGAGGAGAUCGCAUGCAAGAUGCCUGAAGAGCUGGAGCAGAGUUUGGAAAAAGCCCAGUCUGAGUUGGAGUUGCUGAAGCAACAACGUAGCCAGCAGAUUAAGAUGACAGAGUCCAUUGUGAAGCAGAGAGACGUAUACCGUAUGCUUCUGGCUCAGGCGACUGGAAUCAGCUUCCCACAAGGUACCCCACCUGAGGAGAUCUCACUUUCCUCUACACCACUACGUUCACCUGCAGCCACUCCAACUACAGCGACGCCCACUGCACUGGUCUCCAUGACUCCAGAAUCUCAUGAGGGACUGGAGGCAAAGGCGGCUUUACGACAGUUGCAGGAAGUGUUCUCCACCUAUAAAACGGAGCGCAUGGACAGUGAUAAAGCAAUGACCCAGCAGAAUGAGAAGCUGCAGGAGCAGCUUGUUGACCUUCGGUCCCAGAAUGCAAAGCUGUCCACCCAGUUAGAAUUUGCCUCCAAGAGGUAUGAGAUGUUACAGGACAAUGUUGAAGGCUACAGAAAAGAGAUCGCCACCCUCAGAGAGAAAGGACAGAAAAUGGCCACUGCCACACAAAAGCUUGAACAGACCAUUCACACCCUGAAUGAGGAUCUGAGAGCUGCCAAGGAAAAACUGACAAUGGCCGAGGGAUGUGCAGAAAACUUGCGUAAAGAAAGAGACAUGCUGAAACUUGUGGAGUCCAGGCUGAAUCAGGAAAAAGAGACUUUCCUUAGCCAACAACAGAGCCAAAGCCUAUUGCUGACCAACCUCCAGGCUAUUCAGGCCACUCUUGAGCGUUCAGAGACUGAUACACGUCAGCGUCUCAAGGGUCAGCUGGAAAAGCAGGAGCGUGAGAUCUCACAGCUUCAGAAGAGGCUUGAGACUGAAGUGGAACAGCGCCAUCUGCUCACCCGAAACCAUGAGAUUCAGUUAAUGGAUGCAAAGAGGCAGCUGGAGACACAAGUGGCCUCACACCAGAAAACUAAAGAGCUGCUGAAUGCUGCAGAAUUGGAGCUCAACGCCUUGAGAGUGCAGCAAGGCAGCAUUCAAGGACGUCACAGCCUGAGUUCACCAUCUACGCCCAUCAUGAGAGGUCUCCAGGGUUCUGAUCAAGACCGAGAGGUACUACAAGGUCGUGUGCAGGUGGCUGAAACCCGAGUGGAGGAGUUGGUAGAAAGCCUCAAAGCAACCACAUCCACCAUGGAGCAGUACAGAGCCAUGGCUCAGAGCCUCGAGGAGUCCCUGGACAAAGAGAAGCAGGUAACGGAACAGGCGCGAUUAUCCAUUCAAAUGCGUCUGGAGGCAGCCGAGGAGCAACACAGGAAGCUGCAAGAAAAGGUUCUGGAAGCAGACAAAGAAAAACAAAACUUGGAAGAGCAGAAGAAUGCAGCCAUUGGCUCUCUGGAAGAACAGAUAAAGAGUCUUAACAGAAACCUCAGCAAUGCCCAGGCUGAGCACCAGGCAAUGCUGCAGCAACUGGCUGUAGCUGAAGCUCAGCAGCAACAGGCAUCACAGGACAGCCAGGAGCAGGCUAAACUGGCUGCUGAAGCUCAAAACAAGUAUGAACGGGAAAUGAUACUGCAUGCUGCUGAUGUGGAAGCCCUGCAGGCUGCGAAAGCUCAGGCCCUUCAGGCUGUUGAGUUCAGACACCAGCUGGAGGAGAGAGCUGAGAGGGUCAACGCUGAGUUACUGAUGGCAAAAAUCUCAUGGGAGGAGCAGGAAAAGAUCCUGAAGGAGGAGAAGUCAAAGGUGGAAAGCAGUUUUGAAGACCUGCAGAGGCAGAAUACCCUCCUGCAUGAGCAAAUCCAGGCAAUGAGCAGCAAAAUGGCUAAGAAUUUGCAGCGUGCGGCCAACGAGAAAUCCGUGAACAUCUCUCUGAUUGAAGAGGGCAAAUCUCAGGACCAGCUCCUCGAGAUUCUCAGAUUUGUACGUCAGGAAAAGGAAGUUGUUGAAUCCCGUUUUGAGGUCGUCCAAGGGGAGUGUUUGCGUUACCGUUUGAGAAUGGAGCACCUGGAACGAGAGUUGAAGGAGUCCCAAGAUAAUCUGAGUGCUGCAAAGGAGAGAAUGCAGGUGACUGCAAAGACCCUUGCUCAGCACGACGAGCUUAUGAAGAAGACGGAAACAAUGAAUAUCCUCAUGGAGACCAACAAGAUGUUGAGAGAGGAGAAAGACAAGAUGGAGCAAGAACUGCAACAAACUCAGGCUAAGGUUCAAAAACUAGAGUCGGACAUCUUGCCAUUGCAGCAGGCUAACACCGAGCUGAGUGAGAAAAGUGGCAUGUUGCAGGCUGACAAGAAACUGCUGGAAGAGGAUAUCAAGAGGUGGAAGGCUCGGACUCAGCAUUUGGUGAGUCGACAGAAAGACUCUGAUCCAGACGAGUACAAGCGUCUGCAUUCUGAAAAGGAAGCACAUGUCAAACGCAUCCAGCAGCUCACUGAGGAGGGCUCCAGAAUUAAAGCAGAUAUGGCAAGAGCAAAUAAUCUUACAACAUCCCUGCAAAACCAAAUUCAAAACUUGCGUGACAAUAUGACUAAGAUGACUGAUGAGAGGAAUGACCUGAAGAGGGAACUGGAGACCAAGAAUCAGGAGCUCCAGGAGAAAGUAAAGACUAUCACCCAGGUGAAGAAGAUUGGACGGCGCUACAAGACUCAGUAUGAUGAGCUCAAGUUGGAACAUGAUAAACUUGUUGCUGGGGCUGCAGCAGGCCCUUCCCAAGAAGAAGAAGCUCAUAUGGCCUCAGUUCAGGAGCUAACUCGCCUGCGAGAUUCUCUGGGUCAGGCAGAAGCCAGGGCCAGAGAGCUGGAAGCACAGCUGGACAGCGUCAACAUGGUGGUCACAGAGCGUGAAACCGAGUUGCGAAAUACCCAGGAACAGACAUCCAGAGUGCAAACGGAGCUCAACAGGGUGAGACAGGAGCUCCAGGACAAGACUUCUCAGGAGGAUACGCUGAGACAGCAGGCGGCAGACAGAGAGGAGAAGACACGGAAAGCUCUUGUUUUAGCAAAGCAGAAGAUCAACCAGCUCAUGGGUGCCAAAGACCAGCUGCAGAAGGAAAAUGAGGAACUGAAGCAGCAGCGCGACGAGCUUGAGGUACGAGUGAGUGCUCUCAAGUCUCAAUACGAGGGUCGUCUGAGUCGACAGGAGAGGGAACUCAGAGACCUGCGAGGUCACCAGGAGAGACAGGAGCAGAGAGAUGAGCCACCCGAGGCAGGCCCGAGCAAGACUCAAGAGCAGCAGAGAAGUACAGAACCAAGGCAGAUCAGUCUGAAGACUACCCCAGUUGUGGACAGAGGAAGCACGAGCACGUCUGAGCCUCCAACUGCCAACAUCAAGCCAACCCCAGUAGUUGCUUCAGCCAGUAAGCAGCCUGUCAACCCUGGGAACAAACCUACUCCAAGAGCCAGCAUCAGGCCUAUGAUCACCCCAGCCACUGUGCCCACUCCAACACCCACGGCUACAGUCAUGCCAACCACACAGGUGGAGACCCAGGACGCCAUGCAGUCCACCGAGGGCCCACCGGUGGAGCACGUCACCGUGUACGGCAGCGCCAGCGGCUCAGUGCGCUCCGCCAGCCCCAAUGUCCAGACCACUUUAGCCAGUCCCAUGCUGACCGUGCAGCAGACCCAGACCCAGGCUACAGCGUUUGUUCAGCCCACGCAGCAGCAGAAUGUGACCCACUCAGAACCAACCAAUCAGGAUCCUCCACCUGUGGUAAUCGAGGCCCCUAGCUCUCAGGUGGAAUGGCCUUCAACUUCCUCCACCUCCUCUGUGUUUGGCACUGUUUCAGCAACACCUGGAACCUCAACAAUGUCGAAGAGGCCUCGUGAGGAGGAAGAGAGCGGCACGGUGGUCACUGACACGGAGACGAGCCAAGAAGACACCUCCAGGGCUCCCAUACCGAAGAAGCUGCGCAUCAUCCAGAGAGUGGGUCCAGGGGAGGAGGUGCUCGCUGAGGACAGUGCUGAGGCUGAGGGGGUGGUGCCAACUGACAGCCAAGAUGGUGCAGAAGUAAGCCAGGUGGAAGAUUUCCCACCACUGGAAGAAGGAAUCGAAAGCCCCUCUUCAGAGACGCCUGCGGACUAUGAGACAGAGAGUGACACUCCGGAGCCGAUCCAACAGGAAGUAAUCGUCAUAAUAACAGACUCAGAGAGUGAAGAUGACCAAGAAGAGGAGGAGGAGGAAGAAGAGGAACAAGACUAUGAGGAUGAAGAAGAGGAAGAGGAAGAAGAGGACGACGACGACGAAGAAGAUGAGGAAGAGGAUGACGGUGGGAUGGGCGAGGAAGGAGAGGACAGCAAUGAGGGCAGUGGAGACAGAACCCAGGCGUACGAAGGAGACCAAACGGAGGGAGCUGAUGUAAUAGACCAAGGAACCGAGACAGAAGAAAGUUUGGGGGCGUCCGACUCCACCCAGAGGCUAGCGGAAUCGCAGACACCCAGCUUUGAGGGUACAACAAUGGAGUCAUUCUCUGGAGACCAGAUGAUCUCCAGUUCUGGUGCUCGCAUGCCCCAGUCGCCACGGAGACUAAUGCAUCAGCUGCCUCCCCGCUUGAACAUCCACCCUGCUCCAACCCCAGAACUUGGGCCACCUGCUCAAGUCCAGCGUAUCCCUGUUCGCCGCCAGUCAGUGGGCCGACUUACUCCUGGGGUGCCGGGCAGUGCUCAGCACUUCUUUGACGAGGAUGACAGGAUGGUUCCCAGCACUCCUACUCUGGUGGUUCCUCACCGCUCCGAUGGCUUUGACCAGGCCAUUCAUUCUCCCCAAGUGGCUGGCGUCCCUCGCUUCAGAUUUGGUCCUUCAGACGACAUGCCCCAGACCAGUUCAUCCUCGCACUCUGAUCUGGGACAGCUUGCAUCACAAGGAGGUCUGGGGAUGUAUGAAAGUCCCCUUUUCUUAGCAACGCACGAAGAGGAGUCUGGUGGACGCAGCGUUCCCACCACACCUCUGCAGGUUGCUGCACCAGUAACCAUGUUCUCAGAGGUCGCUCAGUCCGAUGCGACGGAGCACGCCUCCCAGUCGGUUCCGAUGGUGAGCACAUCCACGCCCAGCCUGGUUGUGCCAGGAUCCGCUGGUGCAGGGGAGGAGAGAGAUAACAUUUCCCUGGAGCCAGACUCUGACCGGGGGGGCGCUGAAGGUUCGGUGGAUUCUGUGGCGUCACAGGGAGAUAUGGAGGAGUCAAGUCAGCCGUCUGACAAGGCCAACCUCCCUUCCACCAGCCAGGAGCCUUCCUCCAGCUCUGCAGACACAAGCAGUGCUCCAGCUAAAAUUUCUCGACCGGCACCCAGCAGACAGCUGCAGCGCUGGCCAGACAGCCGCGGUCGCAUGAAGAGAGGAGGUCAAGCUUUUCCCUCUCGGGGAUUCUAUGGAAGAAGAUUUGCAAGAUGAAUCAUUGAGAAAGAAAUUACCACUACAUUGGAUACUCAUUCCCCAAGAAAGGUGUUAAUCAUUUCACAAUUGUUCGGUGUUGUGAUGUUUCUCAUUUAACUGUUUUUGUUUCACUUUUUUUUUAUGUUCGAAAUUGUGCUGAAGUUGUUUGAAGAAUAAAGCUGAUUCAAAACGAC